AUGUCUGGGCUACCGUCCAAUCAAACAGCUAUUGUGGCUCUCGACGAUGGCACACUCGCCCUACGCGACGGAAUUCCCAUCCCGUCCCUGGAAGAUGAUAUGAUACUAGUUAAGAAUGCAUUUGUUGCCCUGAAUCCAAUCGACACGAAAAUGGUCGGCAAGCUUGCAAGCCCCGGCGCAAUUGCUGGAAUGGAUUUCGCAGGUGAAGUCAUUCGCAUCGGUUCCAAUGUCCGAACAUCCGCGUCCAUCAAACCAGGAGACCAGGUCUGCGGUGCAGUGCCGGGGAUGCACUGUCUCACUCCAUCGGUAGGCGCCUUUGCUCAGUAUGUUGGUGCGACAGACCUUACUGUUCUCAAAGUCCCGAAUCAUAUGUCGCUUGAACAAGCGGCAACUCUUGGCAGUGGCGUUGGGACUGUAGGGCUUGCCUUGUUCAAGUCGCUUAAUGUUCCUGGUUGGCCUGGCCUUCCAGCUGAGAAACCGGUGGAUGUAUUAGUUUAUGGUGGGAGUACAGCAACAGGGACUCUGGCCAUACAGUUCCUCAAGUUAUCAGGAAUGAAUGUAAUCACGACCUGCUCACCCAGAAACUAUGAUCUGGUGAGAUCCUUUGGUGCCGCCGCAUAUUUCGACUACCACCAGGAGACAUGCGUAGAUGAAAUCCGCAAGUACACUCGGAACUCACUCAAAUUUGUCCUUGACUGCAUUUCAGAGCCAGAAACGAUGCAAUUCUGCUAUAAAUGCCUCGGGCGGUCCGGCGGCAAAUACACCGCAUUGGAACCCUACCCUGAAUUCUUGCAUACACGGCCAAAGACAGUUGAGCCAGACUGGGUACUUGGACCGAUGGUGAUGGGGAAAAGGCUCGGUUGGCCAGAGCCUUUCGGUGGAGAGGGUAUUGAAGAGUAUAGGGAGUUUGGCUUCAAAUGGUUCAAACAAGUGCAAGAAUUGCUGGAUGAAGGAAAGUUGAAGACGCAUCCGUAUAGGAUAGUUGGAAACAGCCUCGCUGAGACAUUGGGGGGUCUCCGACUUCUCGAGGAAAAGCAAGUAUCCGGUCAGAAGCUUGUGUGUCGGGUUUGA